AUGCCGGCCACCAACCAGAAACCGGCUCUCACUACGUCGACAUCACCUCGAAGCACCGCCAAGUACACAAACAAGGAUGGAUCAAAGUUUAUCACUGUCCCCAAAAGCACGCCCUCCGACUCUUCCCAGCCUUCAACGCCGACAAUUGCCGCUCAAUCAGUAAAUUCGCCGCCAAACCCUCCUGCGUCUGACGCGCCGGUGCAGACCGUAAAUCGCAAGAAGCAAAAGCGUCGACAAAAGGCAUUGGCAAAAGCCGCCGCCGCCGAGCAAGCAGCCAACGCUCUUCCGGAUCCCUCAGCCAUGUCAAAGGGGCCCAACGAGGGGUUAGCCGAGGACCAAGCUGUCAUCGUCAGUGAUGGAGAAGAGGCAGAGGAUGCGCGAAACGGCGAUUUUUGUCUUCCGGGGUUAAACGGCCAUUCUUGCCCGGCUCCCAAGUCCAAAAAGAACAAGAAAAAGAAGAAAAAGAACGCGGGGGAGCUUGCCGAUGGUGACAACUCUCCGGCUAUCUCCGCUUCUGCAUCCCAAAUGGUCAGUAAAGUCGUCUCGCGGCCAUCAGGCAUGUCACGAGACAAGAUUUGGAGCACAAGCAAUCAUGAGGAAAGAGAACGCAUUAAAGAGUUCUGGCUAGGGCUUGGCGAGGAUGAGCGAAAGUCACUUGUCAAGGUCGAGAAAGACGCUGUUUUGAAAAAGAUGAAGGAGCAGCAGAAGCACACAUGCAGUUGUACUGUUUGUGGGCGGAAACGAACGGCUAUCGAGGAGGAGCUGGAAGGCCUGUACGAUGCGUAUUAUCUGGAGCUUGAGCAGUUCGCCAACAACGGCGACGGACCACCGAUACUACAGCCACCAUCACGAGACUUUCCGCCGCGACCUCGCCGUCGACUGCCUUCAAAUUAUACCCCGCAACAACCGUCUCGUGGUAGGAUCGUAGAGCACGUGGGUGAUGAGGAUGACGAAGACGAGCUGGAGGAAGUGUACAGCGAAGACGAAGUUGAAGACGACGAGUAUAGCGACGACGAACCUCCAGAGCAAUAUCACAAUCCCUACGAUCGAGACAUGACGGAUUUCUUGGCAUUUGGCAGCAGUUUGCAAGUCAAGGGUACGCAGCUUCUUGAAUCUCUUCUCAGCGCAUAUGGUAACAUGGACUUAGGCGGCAUUCUCACCGUGGCGGAUGACCUACUUAAAAACGACGGCAAGCGAUUCAUUGAAAUGAUGGAACAGCUAGCAGAACGUCGCAUGGCCCGUGAGGAGGACGCUAGAGAACACUUCUCCCGCGGGUACGGUCAUCCCAACGGCUCAUACUCCACUCCUCAUAAUCACCCUCCUGAUGAUGAUGACUACGAAGAUGAAGAGGAGGAUGAGGAGGAUUAUGAGGACAGCCAAGACGAGGAGUAUGAGGAUGAAGAGGUAUAUUCUAAUCCUUCUAUAAUGCCGUCCAAGUUCCAUACUGAGUGCUGCUGCCAGGAUCAAAUGACGGAAGAACAGCGAAUGGAGGAGGGCCGCAGAAUGUUUCAAAUAUUCGCAGCCCGGAUGUUCGAGCAACGUGUCCUAUCCGCAUACAAGGAGAAGGUGGCCAAAGAGAGGCAAGACAAACUUCUAGAGGAGCUAGAAGAGGAGAGCAGACAAGUCGACGAGCAAAAGGCCAAGAAAGCCAAAAAUGCGCAAAAGAAAAAAGACAAGGCCGCUCAAAAGAAGCAAGCUCUAGCCGAAGAAAAGGCGCGGAAGGAGGCUGAAAAGGCUGCGGAAGAAGCGGCUCGCCUAGAUGCUGAGCAGAAAAGAAUUGCUGAACAGAGACUGAAGGCCGAGGAGAAACGAAGGCAAAAGGAAUCCCAAAAGAAGGCUGAGGAAGAGGCUCGAUUGAGGAAGGAGGCCGACCGUCAACGACGUAUUCAUGAGCAGCGUGAGAGGCAGGCGGAACAAGAACGCAAAGCCCGCGAGGCAAAGGAGCGCGAAAGGAAGCUCAAGGAAGAGCAACGUCAAAGGGAGAAACAGGCUCGGGACCAGAGAGAACGGGAAGCACAAGAGCGUAAGGAGAAACAGGAACGCGACAAGCGAGAAAAAGAAGCGAGGGCAGCUAAAGCUCAGAAAGAACUUCAUGAGACUACUCAGCGAGCAAAGGAAGACAAGGCAAACUACAAGCCUUCCAUCCAAACUGCUCAGUCACAGUCUAUUCAAAUCGCAAAGCGCGGACAGGGGCAUGCUGCUAUUAGUCCUCUCCCGACCGUUCUACCGCAACAUCCGCCUAACCCUGCAGGCUUUGCUUCGCCAAAGAUUCCAGUGGCCACACCAGCGAUCGCGAAAGCGCCCACGCCUAUUCGAAGCCGUACCCUGUCUCAGCAACAGGACUCAGGUUCGGCAAGCUCGGCAGCUUCACAUUCUGCAUCAGGACCUAGCCAGAACCCGUCACCUCACCCGGGAACUCCUAUUCAGGUCAGCCCCGGACCCGUUGGACAAGACAGAAAAGCCAGCGCAAGCAGCUCCAUACUUGCGGCUCAGCUCAACCACCCGGUAUCACCUCACAGCAUGCAAACCAGACUUCCGAGCCUCACGCCGCCAUUCCAGAUGCCGCCGCAGACUCUGGGUUUGCAGCCGCCUCCAGGACUAGCACAACACCGACCACCACGCUUUCCCAGUCCUAUUUCUCACGAGGCUAUAUUCCCCCCCUUGCAAUUUCGUCCUGGUCCCAACAUGAUGAUGACGCCGCCCGGACUCAAUGGACCAGGGCCACGAGGGCUUCCUCCAGGUCCCAUGGCGCCUCCGGGAUUCAACCACGUUUCCGCAGAUCCUUUCCCCAUGAACCAAGGGUUUCCAGCGGCAAAAGAGCCUCCAGUUCCUUCACAUACACGCCAGGGCUCUAUUGGUUACGACGGAGCAACAGGGCUACCGACGCAACCGAUUGGAAGACCGGCACCAAUUGGCCGUCCUGGAAGCCUGUCUCAGCGCCAGUCUCUCGAAGAAGAUGACGAAACGAAGCAUUUGGGUAGCAGCGCUUUGGUAGCCGACGACGAGCCUCCCCUCGAGGGAAUGAAUCCCGCCAGUCUGCGUCAUCAGCCUCCCGGUCCCCGUGGAGGGUUUCCGACGAGCCCCUUUCUGGACGCUGGAUUUCCCACGUCACAAAAUCCCUGGGGUCCUCCAGCAGGAGUCGCACACGGGCAGCCCUUUGCACCGCCCGGCUUUUCGAACUCGACGUGGGGCUCUACAGGAAUUCCGCCAGGUUUCGGGAUGGCUGGCAUAGCCUCGCCAACACUGCCGCCCAUGAGCUCCAUUCGAUCGUCAUCCCAGCCACGCCAUGUUACGGUUAGAAUAUUGAUGUGUACCGCGUACAGAGACUUGUCCGCAUCAGGAAGCGCGGAUGCAGAAGGCUACAUGGACCUAUCCGUGAUAAAGUCGCAGGUGGACAUUCAUGCCAGUGACUUUUACCUCACUGAACAAGACCUGCUGAAUCUCUGUGACACUGAGGGCAACAAUUCUAACGGCGGGGGAACAUUCGACGUCAAACGGGAUAUGAGCGGCGUUGGGCAGCACCGAAUCCGUUGGACUCCGGAUCAAAGCGAUGCUUCAGGGCUCUCAUUCCGAGCAGUGGGGGCACCCGGGGAGAUCUGCAGCCCUCGUACUAACCACGCGUCUCUACGGGGCCACUAG